CAUGUCUACUUUCUUCCUCAUUUCCAAAUCAUCUACCCUUUUUUGGCAGCUUCCUAACUCCUAUAACUAACCCAACACCUCUCCACUCCAAGUUCCAAACUAACUCUGACCCGUCUCUUUCUCUCUCCUUCUCUCUCUCUCUAGCUCUGAGUCGCCUGAUCUGAGUAUUCCAAAGAUCUCCAAGUGAGUAAUUAUGGGAGCCAAGAAAGUUGAAUUUGAAACAACUCCGGUGGUGGUGGCCUCAGCACCAUCCAAAGAGAAAGAGGCCCCUGCUGUUGAAAAAUUAUCCGACGAGCCCCAAGAAAAAAGCCUGGUCCUAAUCACGGACGAGAAGGUUUUGAACUCCAAAACCCUUGCAGUUGUUGCGAAGGUCUCAGAUCCUGCGGCCGAAAAGAAAAAAGAUCCUCCGGCCGAAAAGAAACCGAUUGACAGAGAUACUGCGCUGGCAAGGGUUGAAACAGAGAAGAGAAUGGCCUUGAUUAAGGCAUGGGAAGAAAGUGAAAAAACUAAAGCAGACAACAAGGCAUAUAAAAAGCUAUCAGCCAUUGGAGCAUGGGAGAACAGCAAAAAAGCCUGUGUGGACGCUCAGCUUAAAAAGAUAGAGGAAAAUAUUGAAAAGAAGAAAGCACAGUAUGCAGAGAAAAUGAACAACAAGGCAGCUGAAAUCCACAAGGCAGCAGAAGAAAAGAGGGCGAUGGUUGAAGCCCAACGCGGCGAGGUUGUCUUCAAGGUAGAAGAGGCGGCUUCCAAGUUCCGCUCAAGCGGAACCACACCCAAAAGGUUUUUCGGAUGCUUUAGCUGCUGAUUUCUUAGGCUAAAACAGAACUGAAGAAGACAUGCACUAUUGGAUUUCAAACUACCUGCUGCUGAUACUAUUUCUCGUUCCCGGGGUUUUCGUUAGCGUGAUUAAUUUCUUAUUAAUCAAGGGUUGGGUCAUGUAAAUGUACUCGUUUUUUUUUGUGUACAGUGUGAUUCAACUGUGUGCUCAAGUUCCAAAUCUGGAACAUAUAUGGUUAUGAGUUUUGAGAGUGAUAGUUCAAGGUUUUAAUUUGUACCCAAGAAUGAUUUUCUUCUCCACAGAUGUUCUUCCUGCAGUCCUAAUGUUAUGGUUGAGAAUUCAAAAA